ACGAGGAAGGGCUCAGAGGAGGGCUGUGCCGGGGGCGGGACCAUGACGUUAAGGUCAAGGCGGGGCCUCCUCUUGUUCCUCCCUUGGCUGCGGCCGCCGCGGCGGUGCCUUUGCAUCGCCAAAAGGGGCCCUCUGACUUCUCACUGGGCCAGUCCGGUGCUGGGUGGCGGAGCCGCACACUGCUCCAGCCGGUCUUGGAGCGGGACUCCCUUCUUCCCCGAGUUGCGAGCAACUUUCCCUGCCCCUGGCGUUAAAGUGGCUCGGGGACCGUGGCCGCCGCAGGUGGGUGAGCCCCGGGCCCGGCUCUCCGCGUCCCGGUUGUAAGCUCGAGCAGGUCAAGUCUUUGGCGCGUGCACCGUGGGGGUCCCCCGCGUCGGCUCUGCAGGCGAGAUGCCUCUGGGACACAUCAUGAGGCUGGAUCUGGAGAAGAUCGCCUUGGAGUACAUCGUGCCCUGUCUGCACGAGGUUGGCUUCUGCUACCUGGACAACUUCCUAGGCGAGGUGGUGGGCGACUGCGUGCUGGAGCGAGUCAAGCAACUGCACUACAACGGGGCCCUGCGUGACGGCCAGCUGGCGGGGCCGCGCGCCGGCGUCUCCAAGCGGCACCUGCGGGGCGACCAGAUCACGUGGAUCGGGGGCAAUGAGGAGGGCUGCGAGGCCAUCAACUUCCUCCUGUCCCUCAUCGACAGGCUGGUCCUGUACUGCGGGAGCCGACUGGGCAAAUACUAUGUCAAGGAGAGGUCCAAGGCAAUGGUGGCUUGCUAUCCAGGAAAUGGAACAGGUUAUGUCCGCCAUGUGGACAACCCCAAUGGCGAUGGCCGCUGUAUCACCUGUAUCUACUACCUGAAUAAGAACUGGGAUGCCAAGUUACAUGGAGGGGUUCUGCGGAUAUUUCCAGAAGGGAAAUCGUUCGUAGCAGAUGUAGAGCCCAUUUUUGACAGACUCCUGUUCUUCUGGUCGGACCGCAGGAACCCACACGAAGUCCAGCCCUCCUAUGCAACCAGGUACGCUAUGACUGUCUGGUACUUUGAUGCUGAAGAAAGGGCAGAAGCCAAAAAGAAAUUUAGAAAUUUAACUAGGAAAACUGAAGACUGACUGUAGCUGGGAAAUCCGCUGGCCUCGUUCACUUAGUAAUGGUUCCUGAAACUUUAAGGAUCCAGAGCCAAAGAGUCUGUAAAAUCCCCUACUGCCUCCAUCAUUCACAUCCCUGUCUUGUUUGUGGUACUUCGUGUUUUCUUGCCAGGACUGAGUUGACCUUCAGACACUCUUUGCCAGAUGAACUCGUUAGCUAACUCUAGAAAUACCUGCCAACGUCCGCAUUGGCCAGCGGUUUAACGGAUAGGUUUGGGGAUCCGGCUGCUGAGAUGAGACCCAGGAGACCCAGGAGUGACUCUUAUUUGCACUUUAUGUAUAUUUCCUGUUUGAAAGGAGGAGGAUUGCAAAACACAUUGGUGACAGAUGCCACAAAGAGGCACCCUUGAAACCUUAGCAGCAAGAAACAGAGAUACAUAUCAUCUCAACAAUUUCCAGAUGUUAACCCGAGACUGGACAGUUACAACAACCUAAUGGCGUUAUUACCUCUAGGAAGGGUUGCUAUCAUCGUGAUCCAUUUAUAAAUGUCCCACGGUGGACACAACUUUUUCCUGGCCCUACAACCUGGACUUUCUAAAUCGAUGGCUUUCUUGUUGAAGAUGACAACUCCAUUACUCUCUAUUUUGACUUCUUACUUGGAGAACCUAAUUAUGCAGAGAAUAAAACUGGCCAUGUAGUUUGGGUUGUUUUUCUGGCAUCGAAAUUGGAAGUGAAAUCAAAGGACAGAAAAACUUCCUGGUAAUUCAGCAUAAUUCUUCUGCCCACUGUCUGGGCAGAGUAAAGCCUAGCGCUACCCAAUACUCUUGUGCGCGGUGAACAGGUCGAAAAGGAAGACGUGUUUGGAAGCGCAGGCAACCCCUUCGCCAGUGCGCCUUCCCACCGUUAUCAUUAGCAACGACGAAGAACAGUGCGCUGUAUUCUUGAAAGAGAUUGGAAAUAAAAAGAUCUCAAAGCCGUUAGAGUUCUGCCAAGUUGUCUGCCCCCACCAACUGUUCUUUAGCCGCCUUGAAGCUUGAGAGCCACCGGCUGGUAGUGCGGCCAGACUUGUGGAUGCUGCUUCCUCCAGAACUCCGCACUAAGCACCUGCUUUGUAAAAGCUAUCCGUCCUCGUUUUGGCUUCUACCUCCCCAUCUCUGAGAUCUCUAUAAUUUCUUGCUAGAAUCCCACGAGCAUCACAGACCCGGAAAUGUUUUGUUUCAUCGUGUUCAGAUGUACAGACUUUCCAAGAAAGAAGCUGGUCUUUUUCCUUCGAUCAUUUUGGAAGGUGUCAAGAAAGAACUGCCGUUCCUUCCCACCAUGGCUCUAUUUUAUUUUAUUUAGUAUUUUUCACCUUCUAACUUACGAUGUCAUUUCCUUAUUUAUUAUGUCUAUUGUCUUGUAGCCUAUGGUGUCUAGAGUGUUAAGUACAACAAAGACAGGGACUUUGUACAUGUUUGAUCAAUGCAACAUACUCCCAGCACCUGGCCCAUAGCAAGGGCUUAGUAAACAUGUGUUCAAUAAACUCAGCCUCCUCGGUAA